UAAUUCGACGCUACAUUUCUCAUCCGGUUGUUGGCGGAACACAUUGAGGUUUGACUUGUGUUGGGUUGGGUACUAAUACCCAUCAGCUGAUUCCGUGUAAUCGUGCGUGCGUACGUGCCCUCUUGGCGAGGAGUUGAAGUCGUGCAAUUAGAAUUAGCCAUUAGGAAGCGAAACGCCCGCUCGUCGAGGCAAGCGGAAGAAUUUGAAGGACUUCCUAUUUUAUAGUUGACGGCAGGUUGGCCGGCAGGGGUCGACAAAAUCCGGUGGGUGAUAAGUAUUUUGCAACUCGAUUGUUCAUGCUUCUUAAACAGUAGAAUUAUGAUGACUACUUUUGCAGGACAACAGUUGUUCAACUUAAUCUUCAUUUAAGAGGAUUUAGGGAUAGAGGGCGUGCAAAAAUGUUAAAGAAUGAAAUUUCUCGCAAAAGCAGUUAACAGGCUGGUAGAGAAAAGAAACUAAUGAAUCUUCCAUUGUAAUUUGCAAGAUUAAUGAAACUAACUUUUAAGUAAUAGCUCUCGCAAAUAACUCUUCCGGUGGUGUUUUUCAUUAGCUAAAGCCAGAAGUGUAUUAAAGAUGCCUUUUUUGGUUAACAAUGCUUAAUAGUCUUUUGGGAAUUUAAGUUCCUUUUUCAAAAAUGUACCUCAGGCUCUUCAUUUCUUUCAAUCUGGUUCUUCUCUGAAAAGUUGUGCCGAAUCCUAUCUUGAGUGAUGCAAUUUCAAACGUUCACAAGAUGUUCGUAGCUUGAACUCUUAUUGAUAAAGUGUCAUGAUAUGAGAUAUUGGAUACUUUCAAUGCUCUUCUUAUCAUCUUGAUCAAUUUCUCUUAAACAGUAAGCAAAUUGCGUUUUUUCUGUGAAUUUUGCAGAAGUUCUAGCUGUUUCGACCAUCGAAUUGAUAAACAAACUGCUGAUUAAAGGUUUGAUUACCGUCGCAACAAAAAUGAAGGCUUUAAAAUUUGAGACAUUAAACAAAACCAAGCCACGCGGAACUUCUAAUCUAGUUAACGAGUGUAAUUACUCAGCACAUAUUUGUGUAAUGGAGUUGUUACGCCUAGCACGCUAAUCAGUUAAUCGUGCAUUAGUUCCUCCCUAUCGCUCUCGUAACUAGGUAUUCUGCAAAAUUUGUGUUCAAUAGUGUGUUUUGCGCUCUGCGUGUGGCUCUUUUUCUCCCCCUUCUACCCAAUGAUUGAUAACCUUUUCGUGAGGGUAUCGCUUGGCACUGACUAAAAUUGACGAAGAACCGGCGCUAUGCUUGAAUGUAUGAGGGACUUUUGUGGAGGAGCUGCAGCAGAGCAAGGAACUUCACAAAACUUCACGAAACAACACUCCGCUGGUACCAUCCGGGGCAAAUGAUGGACAAACAUGCACUGUUAAAAUUUAUAACCAAGCACUAAAGGUUGGCAUUGCUCCAGUCCUCCUAGGUCACUGGAUAGGGUGAGCAAGGCACUCGAACUUGAAGUUUCCUUGGAACUUCUGGCAAAUGCAGUACUUUUUGUUUGGUGCAGUGUUUCUCCCUUCAUACAGACAUUUUCACCUGACGCGCGGGAUGUCAUAAUAUUUGGGCACUUUUUCACAUGCACACAAAACGCAUAAGUUGCCCACUUUCGUCGCGAUGAGUUUGAUAGUGGAAAUUGUAGCCACCGAAAAUGGUGGAUUCGUUGGAGCCACCGAAAAUGGUGGAUCUUUCCUUUAGGCGAGGUGCGUCCGUAAGCUUGACACGUUGUUUUGUUACUGGUACGGCGGCACAAGCCAAAAAGAAGACACCUAUGCCUUCUUGCUCGCUGUCCGAAAGUGUUUUACCAUACUCGCAAAGGGUGUUGUGCGGGAAUUCCACGACACGAGGUCCGUUACUGAUCGUGUACAACGCUUCCCUUGUGCAGUUUCUGUUAUCUAGCACGCACCAGCUACGGUGGCGUACGCGCCCAAUGUUUUGCAGGCUCUUAUCACGCCCCGAAAUGAAAAUGUUUAUAGUCAGUAUAUACAAACAUGAGAGUUAUCACAUAAUCGUGGUUGUAAGGGUUUUCGUGAGUUUGGCGCAAAAUGCACGAAGGAUGCAGAGAUUUUGAUAUAAAGUGAAAUGUUGACCCUGGUUAGUGGUCAGAGUUCGUUGAAGUUGCAGUCACAAUGGAGUCCAAUGUCUGGAUGUCGCGUUCGUUUCACCUGCUGCUAGUGCUGGUCUGUAGUCUAGCCAGUCUGGCAUCAGCCCGUCAUGCCUACGGUCCAAAAUGUUGUCCACCGAAUGAGGUACUGCUAUGGUGUCCUCCCGUCUGUGAACCAACCUGCGACAACGACUGCGUGCCCACGCCGAGCGGAGUUCCAAUGGAAACCUGCGUCUGCAAACCAGGCUUCGUCCGACAUCAGGGUCGCUGUAUUGAGAAGUGCGAAUGUCCGGCACCGUGCCCACCACCAACGGAACCUCCAACAGAGUGUCCUCCAGUGGAGAUGACUCCAAAACCCUGUGGCCGUACGUUCUACGGCGUGAGCCGCAAUGAAGAUGUCGUACCAUCGUCGUUCAAACCUGGGCCAUACUUCCAACAGACUGCACAGUAUUCCUCCCAGCCACGCCCAUUCGUACAUCCUAACCCGUACUCCAUGAUGUCUCAGUCACAGAACCUUUCGCAAAGCUCCAACUAUCUCUACCGGCCGGUGCGACCGUGCCCACCGAAACGGGACCCCCCAACCACGGUAUCGCCGUUCGACGUGUGUCCACCGAACGAGAUACAGCAGCCAUCGCCGAUCUGCUGUGAGGAGACGUGCACGACCAACUGUGCCGCUGUGCUCUGUCCGGCUCAGCCUCCGACGGGUCCGCUCGUGUGUACCUGCGACAGUGGGUUCGUGCGGCACGAGGGUCGCUGUAUCAAGCGGGAGGAGUGUCCGGUACAGGAGCCGGUAAAGGUGUGCGGUCCAAACGCCCGGUACAGCCCCUGCACGCCCUGCUGCCAGCCGACGUGUGACAACGACUGUAGCAAGAUCUUCUGCAUCGCAGCCUGCACAGGCCCACCGACUUGUGUCUGCAACGAGGGCUACGUACUGCACAAGGGCCGCUGCAUACUGCCGUCCGAGUGUCCCGGCAAGUGCCCACCAGCUACGGAAGCACCACCCCGUCCGUGCCACUACCCCGAGAGUGUUCCGCGAAAGUGUCCACCACCGACGACGGCAGCUCCUCCCUGUCAGGUGCACCAUUACACCGAGAGUCCUCGCAAGUGUCCCGCGGCUACUCCAGCUCCGUCCUACGGCUCCGUCUAUUACCCACAGAGGACGUGCCCGCCGGCCUGUCCGCCCGGCGCCAGUCUACGCCCCUUCAAACCGUGCUGCGUGGACACGUGCACAACCGACUGUCGUGUGGUGCGGUGUGCGGAAAGUUAUACCGGACCUCCGACCUGCGUGUGUGAGUACGGGCUAGUGAUGCACAAAAACCGGUGUAUUCCGCGGGAACACUGUCCAAGCACGAGCGAGCCGACCUAUGGCGGCGGUGGUGGAAGCUACGCCAAUACUUACCCAUUCUUGAUGGAUUGAUGAAGAUUUUAUUUAUAAUAAAUUAUUAUUGUUUUUUGGAGAAUAAUGUAGAAAGUAACAAA